ACUACCACAACAGACAACACACGAACUUUCAACUCUCUCUCUCUCUCUCUCACACAUUUUUGCUGCUGCUUACCUGUGUUACAACCUGCAAAACAUUACCAACACAAAGCCCUAAAUCAAGAAAACCAAUUACACAAUUUAAAGUGUGAAAAAGCCCAGGCGCAUGUGCCUAAAACGGUUUACCUUUUGAAAUAAUAAGAUGCUUAGGUGGUGUUGUUGUACUUGUGAAGUCCAAGAGUCUAACCCGUCAAACGAGAAUGAACCCAUAAAGGAUUCCACGGAUUACUUAGAUGGGCACCAACAGGAUCUGAAAGGACCGCCUAUCAAAGCUGGAGCGCCAAAGGCGGUGCCGCCAAUACAAGUGCCGGCACUUUCAUUGGAAGAACUGAAAGAGAAAACCGAUGAUUUCGGAUCAACGGCGCUAAUCGGUGAAGGUUCAUACGGAAGAGUCUAUUUUGCAACCUUAAAUAAUGGAAAAAGCGUAGCUGUGAAAAAACUUGAUGUUUCUACUGAGGUUGAAUCAAAUGACGAGUUCUUGACUCAGGUCUCCAUGUUCUCGAAUCUGAAGCACGAAAACCUUAUCGAGUUGCUUGGUUACUAUGUUGAAGGAGACGUUCGUGUUCUAGCUUAUGAAUUUGCAACCAUGGGAUCUCUACAUGACAUUUUGCAUGGUAGGAAAGGUGUGCAAGGAGCACAACCGGGGCCCGUGCUCGAUUGGACGCAACGGGUGAAGAUUGCUGUUGAUGCAGCAAGGGGGUUGGAAUACUUGCAUGAGAAGGUUCAACCGUCUAUAAUACAUAGAGAUAUAAGGUCUAGCAAUGUGCUAUUGUUUGAAGACUUAAAAGCCAAGAUCGCAGAUUUUAAUCUUUCGAAUCAGUCACCGGACAUGGCUGCUCGUUUGCAUUCUACUCGUGUUCUUGGCACCUUUGGCUAUCAUGCACCAGAAUAUGCAAUGACGGGACAGUUAACACAGAAGAGUGAUGUUUAUAGCUUUGGCGUUGUUCUUCUUGAGCUUUUAACCGGCAGGAAGCCUGUUGAUCACACAAUGCCACGUGGACAACAAAGUCUCGUCACUUGGGCUACUCCAAGGCUAAGUGAAGACAAGGUUAAACAAUGUGUAGAUCCAAAGCUCAAGGGAGAGUAUCCUCCAAAAGCGGUUGCAAAGUUGGCAGCUGUGGCGGCAUUAUGUGUGCAGUACGAGUCCGAGUUUAGGCCUAACAUGAGCAUUGUGGUGAAGGCCCUUCAACCACUUCUGAAGACUUCUGCACCGCCACCACCACCACCGGAAGAGGAGUAGGCGGCAAUAAAUUGGUCUUGGUGAUCGGGUAAUUGUCACGUGAAAUUCUGUACUUCCACCAGCAAACAGCAUGGUUGUGUUCAUAUGUAGAUUCUGCCUCCAGCCACCUCUAUACAACGCUUGCGUACGUCCACACACACAUAGUGUUUUAUCCAUUUGAUUCUUGCAUUUGAGAAAUACUUUUUUGCAGCUGUCUGUUUUGUUUGUUCGGUUUUUAAGAAUGUGGAUAUGGUGGAAUUUGGUUGUGGUGAUUUGUUGUUAUAUUGCAUGAGGUUUUCUGCUUCUUUUCAAGAUCUUGAUAUUUGUAAUGGUUUUGUUCAUUUUUAUGAAAUAAUUUGUGUA